GAGAGGGGAAAGCACCGAUGGAAAAGUGUCCAGGGUUCGGUUAACAAGAAAACAGGAUACCGGCCCACUUCAGUUUGUCCUGGGCCACUCGGCGAUGAGAGAUUCACCGAAAGGGGCACUUUGAGAUAUGAUGAGGUUUAUUUCUGGCCGGCAAUAGUACUAUGAUUUGGUAUGUGGCCACUUUGAUAGCAAGUGUAUUCAGCACCCGAGGAACGGCCGCUCAAGGUGCCCACGGAGUGCGAGAGGAGCCCCAGUUUGUGACGGCACGUGCAGGAGAGAACGUCAUCCUGGGAUGCGACGUGUCCCACCCCCUGAACGGGCAGCCCUAUGUGGUGGAGUGGUUCAAGUAUGGAAUGCCCAUCCCCUUCUUCAUCAAUUUUCGCUUCUACCCUCCUCACGUGGAUCCAGAAUAUGCUGGCCGGGCCAGUCUGCAUGGAAAGUCCUCCCUGCGGAUAGAGAAUGUGCGUUCAGACGACCAGGGCUGGUAUGAGUGUAAGGUGCUGUUGCUGGGACAGCAGUAUGACACCUUCCACAACGGUACCUGGGUUCAUCUAACCGUCAAUGCCCCCCCCACAUUCACAGAUACACCACCUCAGUAUGUGGAGGCCAAGGAGGGGGGAAGCAUCACUUUGACCUGCACGGCCUUCGGCAACCCCAAGCCCUCAGUCAGCUGGCUGCGGGAAGGCAAUCUCAUGGUCAGCAAUGUCAAGUAUAAGGUGUCUGAUGGGAGUUUGACGGUGCUAUCCAUCACCCGGGAGGAUCGUGGGGCCUACACAUGUCGAGCCUUCAGUCCCCAGGGAGAGGCCAUUCACACGACAAGGUUGCUAGUACAAGGCCCUCCGUUCAUUGUAUCACCACCGGAGAACAUUACAGUGAACAUCUCGCAGGAUGCCUUUUUCACCUGCCAGGCGGAGGCCUACCCUCGCAACCUGACCUACACUUGGUACUGGAAGGAGGAAAACGUCUUCUUCAAGAAUGACCUAAAGCGCAGAGUCAGUAUUCUCAUCGACGGUUCCCUCAUCAUCGCCCAAGUCAAGCCAGAGGAUGCUGGGAAAUACACUUGUGCUCCUAGCAACAGCCUGGGCCGACCACCGACUGCCUCUGCCUACCUAACAGUGCAAUAUCCUGCCCGUGUAGUAAACAUGCCAUCUGUCAUCUACGUGGCCAUUGGUCUGCCUGGCUUCAUCCGCUGUCCUGUAGAUGCCAACCCCCCUGUAACUCUGGUAAAGUGGAAGAAAGAUGGCCUCCCUCUCCGGAUAGAUAAGUACCCUGGUUGGAGCCAGAUGGAGGAUGGGAGCAUCCGUGUGGCAGAGGUGACAGAGGACUCUCUCGGCACCUAUACCUGCAUGCCUUACAAUGUCCUGGGUUCCAUGGGAUGGUCCCCUCCCGCUCCCCUGGUGCUAAAGGACCCUCCCAAAUUCUCAGUGGUUCCUGGAGGGGAGUACAGGCAGGAGGCUGGGAGAGAACUGGUCAUCCCCUGUGAGGCGGAGGGAGACCCCUUUCCCAACAUCACAUGGAGGAAGGUAGGGAAGCCCAGUAAAAGCAAGCACAAUGUUCUGCCCCGAGGCAGCUUACAGUUCAAGUCACUCACUAAGGAGGACCACGGGGAGUGGGAGUGUGUCGCCACCAACGUUGCCACGAGCAUCACUGCCAGCACGCACAUCCAAGUCAUAGGCACAAGCCCCCACGCCCCCACCAGUGUCCAUGUGGUGGCGUCCUCCACCUGGGCCAAUCUGUCCUGGGAGGCAGGCUAUGACGGAGGUUUCCAACAGACAUUCUCAGUCUGGCUGAAGAGGGAGCAUUUAGGUCCACAUGACUGGCUUUCCAUACCUGUGCCUGGAGGCCACGACUGGAUGCUGGUGCCUGGUUUGGAGCCAGAGACAAUAUACCAGUUCAGCGUCUUGGCCCAAAACAAGCUUGGCACAGGCCCCUUCAGCGAGGUUGUCACUGUGAACACACUAGUAUUUCCUGUAAGUACCCCUGAACCAUUGGUGCUGCUUACCCCACCACGGUGCCUCACAGCUAAUCGCACGCAGCAGGGAGUCCUGCUCACCUGGAUCCCACCUGCCAAUCACACAGCACCUAUCCAGCAUUAUAUCAUGGAGUUUCGCCUGGGGGAACGAUGGGAGGUCUUGGAUGACAGCAUUCCUGCUGGGGAGACGGAGAUGCUUGCCCGAGACUUGAUCCAGGAGGCGUGGUAUGAGUUCCGCGUCAUGGCUGUCAUGGAUGACAUGAUCAGCGAGCCCAGUAAUGUAGUAGGAGUGACUAGCACAGACUUCUUCCCUCCUCCAGAGAUGGUGGAGGACCGUGGACUGGCACGGCCUGUGGUGGCUGGCAUUGUGGCCACCAUCUGUUUCCUGGCAGCAGCUGUCCUGUUCAGUACAAUGGCUGCCUGCUUUGUCAACAAACAACGCCGGCGGAAGCUCAAGAGGAAAAGAGACCCCCCUCUCUCCAUAACCCACUGCAGAAAAAGCAUGGAAACUCCGUCAUCUUCAGGAAAGGUGAGCCCAGAGAGCGUUCGUUCAAAGGCAUCCCUGUCAGAAUCAUCUGAAGAUAGUCAUGACCAGCGUGGGAAGAAACCACCCCCAAGUCCAGGGAAGAAGGAGGAAUUGUCUUUAUACAAGAAGACCAAAAGAGCAAUAACAAGCAAGAAGUACAGUAUCUCCAAGCAUGAAGCUGAAGCAACAACACCCAUUGAACUCAUCAGCCGAGGCCCAGAUGGACGCUUUGUCAUUGAUCCCACUGAUGCAGAAAUGUCUGUUAAGCCCCGGCGAAUUGAGGGCUUCCCCUUUGUGGAAGAAUCAGACCUCUAUCCUGAAUUCCGGCAGUCAGAUGAAGAGAAUGAUGAUCCCAGGCCUCUGCCACCAGUUAUGGCCCCCCUUCGGCCUCACCAGUUUUCCCCCAUCUCCAGUCAGGAAUCCUAUCUUCAACCUCCAGCCUACAGCCCUCGUUUCCACAGGCCCUUCGAAGGUAUGACCAUCAUGGAGAGCAGUCGGCUCCAGGCCACAGGGCAGAUCCGAGGCUCUCUCCACCACAGGGCUUUCUAUGGCUAUCUAGGCCCCCCUGGGGAUCAUGAUCCCCCGCCGCCUUUUUACAUGCCUGAUACCAGCCCUCUCAGCUCUGUCAUGUCCUCCCCUCCAUAUCUUGCUGAAGGUCCUUUUGGUCACCCCAUGAUUCCUGAAGAAAUGGGGGAGAGUGAUUUCCCACAAUAUGCUGUCUCUGGUUUCCCACUUCCUCUGACACUCACCCCUUCCUCUCGUUCACCGGAGAUUUGGCAGGGACUGGAUUUCACCUUUGCAAGUUUGGAGGGGCCCCAAUUCAUUUUUCCACCACAUCACCCUUUGCAUCUCCGCCACGACUCCCCCUACCCUCCUCCACCUCAUGUUCUUCCCCUUAGUGCUUUCCAGCCCUCCUCCCUGCCAAUGCCCACUUACCCAGCUGUCCUGCCACUGGAGGCCCCAAAGAGCCACAAAAGCAAGUCUCCCAGCAAGGCCAAGCCUCAUGGCUCCCCAGCCAAGCAUUUAGCUAUGCAAGAGGCACAUUUAGGGCAGCUAAGACACACAAGCCACAGUAUUGGUGUGCCGGUUUUGCCUUACACCGAUCCAAUGGCCCCUAUUGUCCCUAGCACAUUCAGUAGCCUGGACACACGAUGGUUUGAAACCACCCCUCGUUUCAGUCCCAGACAGGCUCGUAGGAUGGAUUCUGGCAUGCAUCAGGUGGUUCUCCAGCCCUCUCGACUGUCACCCCUUACCCAGAGCCCCCUUAGCUCUCACAAUGGCUCCCCAGAGAUUGUAGUACGUCCCAGGCCACGUCCCAGCUUUGUCCAACCUCCCAUACCCCCAGAGAUGUCUGAGAUUACCCUCCUCCCUCCUUCCACAGCCAGCUUCUCAAGGAGAUCUUCCCCUUCCUCCUCACCUGCCCAAGGCCAGGAUAGCAGGAGGACAAGUCCCAGCUACCGUUCCCACAUGGCCUUUGCCACCUCUGCAACCAGCUACCCAGCUUCCCAGUCCCCAUCACCCCCCAUGGAAAGCAGCAACAUAUUUGGGCAGAUGCCAUCUCAGAGGAGGACUGAGGAGGAGAUCCUUCCAUCUGAACCCUCUCCACCCCAGUUGUCAGCUUCAGGAAAACGUCGAGGUGCGCCGAGUGCCCUUUCAGGGUCUGAGAGGAUUGAUGCACUGAGAUACCAACGUAUUAAAAAGGCCAAGAAGAUGACAAUGAACAACAAUAACUCCAAGAGCAGAAAGAAAGCAGGUGUCUCCACCUCUCAGACCCAGCAGGCCUACACCUCUCAGGUACUCGAACCCGAAGAAGCUCUCUACCUCCGCAAGAAGAGGAAACGGCCCAUCCUCCAUGACCCAUAUACUCGCUUUUCUGCUCUGCUGUACCGCCGCCCAACUCGGGAGGACCAGAAGGCUAUUUUGGCUAGCAUGGACAACAUAGACCUAGACCAUUCCACUCUCCUCUGA